AUGUAUCUAUGGCAUGGCUGGUGGCCGAAUGAUGAAGAUUCAGAAUCCAGAGCUUGCACAACUGGUUCUGCGGAAACGCGUUGGAGUAAUGACCGAAGAUUGGCAAUGGAAACGAUAAAGUCUUACGCUCAAGGUACUGUUUUAUUCUCUCCCACCACCAUCAACCCCCCCUCCCCCCCCACCCCUUCCCCAACCCGCUUAAGGAACUAUUUCCUUCUCUCCCAAAUUAUAAAUAAAAAACAUGUUUCCUUCUCGCCCACACACGGGUCUGGGAAUUUAAAUCUCUCUAGAACUAGUUUGGAAACAACUUAUGUCUGAGCCCUCCCAUUCUUCCUGCAAACCUUGCGUUCGUUGAUUUCGCCUCGGUCAACAUUUCAUUCCAACUCUCUAUACCUGGGUCUCCGAGGGUAAGGAAGUACAGUUAAACCCCCAAUAAGCGGCUGCCCUCGGGGUACCGGCAAGGGGCUGCUUAAUAGAGGUUCUGCUUAAUAGAGCUGCUCAAUCGAGGUUCUUCAUGUAAAUUAGCAUAAUCGUCAGUAGAAACAUCACUUUAUUUGGAAACUAACACGCGACUGAAGCGGCGUUUUUGGUCCGCACCUUUUUUCUCGGACUGUAUUUUCCCUCGUUAUAUUUUUAAAAUAAAGCCAAAGUACGUGUAUCAAGCGCUUGCUGGCCGCUAAAUUGAUGUGACGAUUACAAUUAUUUCGGGACUUUGAUUACUGUCCGCUUAUAAUUGGCCGCUCAGGUGAGGUUCGACUUUAUAUACUUGGGGGCUAAACUUGUUUUUUUAUGUUCAUGUGUUUGUUUGUUUUAGGCAAAAGACCUCGAAUUUCUAGUUUUCCCUACAUUAACCAUGAAGUCAUUUUUUGUUUUCAGAACUUGAACGAGAUUUCUCCCAAGUAUUUAUUGUUUUUGCUGGUCUGGAACCGAAGUCCUUCCAGAAUCUUUUCCCCUUCUGGGAAGACAGACCAGAUGUUGCUAAAAUAAACCGAUCGGUAAGUACUUCUUCUAUUACAUUUAUUUAGUGUUUAAUGUGAAAUUUACUCCUUCCAGACUCAAUUAUUUACCAAUAAAAGCCUAUUUUUAAUAGAUACAGCAAUUUAAGAAACAAUUUCCAGGACCUCUAGGCUGUUUUCACGCAUCCUAUAAAUAAGAAGAGUAUCAGCUCGAAGAUGUACAUCAUAGGUUUUUUAUGCGGCUCUUUAUGCAUUACAAUAUGACUUGCCUCCUUGAUCCUUCUUUCAAACCAUUCAGGGUAACAUUUUGUUCAAGGCUUUUGUGUGCUGGUUUUCUCUGGAAAUUAGCCCAGGUUCAAAAACGUUUGACUGUGAACUCUUUCUGUUUUGUUGCUUUUAGACUGGAAGGGUUGAGGGAGAUAUUAUAAAGCUGGAAACGGAACUUGCAAAGCUUUCGAGGUUUGUCUUUUUGCAUUUGGUCCCGGGGGUGGUGUCAAUACAUUUAUUCCUUCAACUAAUUAUAAAUUUAUAUAUUUAUCUCUCAGUUUAUUUAUUUAUUUAUUUAUUGUAGAUUAGACUAUUAAAGAAUUUAUUCCAUUUUUACUGCGUGCAUAAACUAGGGAGAACCAUGUUUGUUUUAUUCGGAGAGAAAAAUUUCUAAUUUUCUUGAUGGACUGUUUUAACAUUUACUCUUCACAUUAACUCUUCGUUUUUUGACAUGUAGAAAAGAGUACAGCCUGGAGGAACUCAAGCAAAAACCACCACCUGAAGGAGUGGAUCCCUCGAGACUUGAAACGUACCUUAGCGAAGCUGACUUCGAGGUAAGAACUGCAUUUCUCUUUGAACUGCAUCUUCAGCCUGUGCAACGUGACUGCUGGCAAAUAAAACAGGCUUUUAAAAGGGGUUUAUGAAUUAUUCAAUAAAAAGCCCGAAAAAAUUUUCGACACCACUACUGGUCUAGACUGCGAGUGGUCCCCAUUUCGCCUUUCGCCUUUCUCGCUUGGGUUGAUUUUCACGCGCGCUCGCGCUUCUUCACUCUACUCCUAUCCCUGAGGAAAAAUGGGGACCACUCGUAGUCUACUGCUGGUUUCCCCGCGUAGAGUCGACUAAGGAAAGAGCGCAGAAAUUCCAUACUGAUGGCGAUUUAGCUAGUUCUUCUGAUUGGUUGAUGCAAAUCGCCCUCUUGGUACGACCAAUCAGAACUGAAGUACUACCCAGAUCUUAGUAGUGACAUGUCAUCAGUUUGGAAUUUCUGCGCUCGCUCCUCAGGGGAAACCAGUGUCGGCUGUCUUCUCAAGCUUAUGAAUUAAAAGUUUUUUGGUUUGUUCCUUUCGCAGAAAGCGUUUAACAUGACCAGAACCGCUUUUGAUGCUCUGGCAAUGUGGAAGAAGACGAAUCUUAGGAAGAAAGCUGGCCUUUUCUAA